AUGUCGAAAUCAUAUCAUCAUCAAGUUUAGUAUGUUGCUAAAGAUUAAUAAGAAUAAAAAAGAGAUUCUUAACCAUAUCGAAAAGUAAUUCAAUAAUUAAUUAGUAAUAGUCACAUAAUAAUAAUAAUAAUUAUGAUGGAUUUUCAAGAAAUAAAAAAUAUUAUAAUAAUCGAUAACACUAUUAAAAUGAUAAUAAGAGAGUGGAAUAUGAAUGUAUUUAUCAUAUUAAUAUUAUUAGAAAAAUAAUAAUUAUGUUAGCCUUCAAAUAAUGUUUAUGAUGCAAAAUUAUUACUUUCAGCUUAUAAAGAAUAUAUAUAACCACCAGAAGACAUCAUAUAAUUGACCAAAAAAAUACCAUAAUUAUUUACAACUAAACCAUUCAAACCUAUUUCUUAGACAGCACAUUGCAAUCAUAGUGAUGAAGAAGAACCUCAAUGGAUGCAAGAGUCAUAAUUCAAUGCCCCUUUUUAAUUAAAUGAUAUAGAAAAUGAAAUUUAAUAAAAAAGAGAAUAAUAUCAAAAAAAUCAUGGUACAUUUGAAAAAAAACAGGAAGAAAAAAGAUAAAAGAUAGAAGAAUUUUAAACUAAAUAAGAAGAAAUUAAUAGUAUUGAAAUCGAAAAAUAGAAAUAUAGAGAAAAAAGAGAAUAAGAAUUAAAAUAAUCAUAGGCUGCUAUUGAAACUAAAUAAAAACUCUUUGAACUCUUUUCUUCAAAUAUUGAACCAUUAUAAACUCCUGUUACAAUCAAUCAAAAUAUCUAAACAGUUGAAGAAAUAGAAAAAAGACAAUUAUCUAAUUAAUCUUAAAUUAAUAAUAAUAAAUAAGAUGAAACAGUUAAAUAAUAAGAAACAUGUAUUAGUGAUGAAGAAUUAAAUUAACUUUUGGGUUUUAAUAACAAUAAUGAAAAUUUACAUACUAAAACUUUAGAUUAGUAGCCUUCUGUUCUUUUUAAGAGUGAAUAAAUUAAAACAUCACCAUUUUCUAUAUAAGCUCAAUUACAUAACAAAGACAUUAAUGAAUCAUUAUGGUUUUAUAUAGAUAAAUAAAACAAAGUAAUUUGGAUUUUUUAUUUAGACUUAAGGAGGGUUUCCAACUAAAAAUAUGGAUGUUUGGUAUUCAUAAAAUUAUUUAAAAUCCAAUCUUUUGAUUUCAUGGGGUUCUCCUGGAAAAUGGAUAUAUUUAGAAUAAUUCUAAAACAAUUUAUAAUUGAUAUUAUAAGGAACCUUAGAUAAAUUAAAAGCAAUGGAUCCUUCAGUAGUUGAUUAAACAAAAGCUUAUAAGCCAGCUUAACCUAAUCAAUAACAUUAUGUUUAAAAUAACAGCAAUGUUAGAUAUUAAUAUAACAAUUAUAAUAAUUAAUAUGGAUAAUAAAGAAAUAGAAAUAAUUAAAAUAGAGCUAUCUUUUAGAUUGGAUAAUAGGAUACAUAAUAAAUGCAUUAGAAUUAAUAUUAUUAUUCAAAUGGAAAUUAAUACGAUUAAUCAGGUGAAGGAUUUAUUCUUGAUCCAAAGAAUUUUCCAACACCUGAUGAAAAAUGA